GCCAAUAAAAAAACACACAUUCUUUCCUCAUCAUUUCAAACAUGGCAGACAAGAAUGGUCUCCUGGUUUCUAUCAAAUUCAUGAGCGUUGCAUUGUUGUGGCUAUUGCAAUGUUUUCAAUAUGGUAUGGCAGGGGGAGAUAGGAAAGGAAGAUGGGUGCUUCUGCUGAACAAUAUGGGAGUGGUGGGUGUGCAUAUGGCUCUAACCCACCAUAACACUGUCAUUAUCUUCGAUCAGACCGGAGUAGGACCGUCCCGGUACAGGCUAAGAAGGCGGUACAAUGGAACGAGGUGCAGGGAUACCCGGGAUGAUCUCACAGACUCAACAUGCUAUGCUCACUCCAUUGAGUAUGACAUUUCGAGCAACAGGAUUAGGCCUCUGGAGCUUUACACUGAUCCUUGGUGUUCAUCAGGAUCUUUCUUGAGCAAUGGAACACUUCUUCAGCUCGGUGGAUUCGAAAAAGGUUCUCGUAGAAUUCGAUACUUUAGGCCCUGUGGCGACCGUGAAUGCGAUUGGAAGCAAUCAAAGAGAUUGCUCUCCGAUGAGCGCUGGUAUGCUUCCAGUCUGCUACUCCCUGAAAAUGAUCGUGUCAUUGUGGUAGGUGGGAGAAGAGAAUUCUCAUAUGAAUUUGUACCGAAGAUUUCUUCCGACGAGAAGUCUUUUGGUCUUCCAUUCUUGCACAGGACUUAUGACAGGAAUGCAGGAGGAAACAACCUCUAUCCAUUCCUUCACCUUUCUUCGGAUGGCAAUCUGUUCAUUUUCGCCAACCAGGACUCCAUCCUCUUCAGCUACAAACGGAAUAGAGUGAUCAAGACCUUCCCUCGUAUCCCCGGUGGUGGUUCGAGGAACUAUCCAAGCUCUGGCUCAUCAGUAAUCCUCCCUUUAGAUUACAAAAACCGGUUUCUUAGAGUGGAAGUCAUGGUAUGUGGAGGAGCUGCUUCAGGAGCCUAUAGAGCAGCAAGACAAGGAAGAUUCCUAAAGGGCUUGAGGUCUUGUGGAAGAAUGGUGAUCACAGGGGACACACACAAGUGGAGAAUGGAAAACAUGCCAGGACACCGGCUACUAAACGACAUGGUGAUACUUCCAACCGGCCAUAUUCUGAUCAUCAACGGGGCUAAACGUGGUGCUGCUGGAUAUAACAAUGCAAGAAAUGCUUCCCUCCAGCCUUACCUUUACAAGCCUAAGAAAUCACUAGGCAGAAGGUUCACCGUCUUGAAGUCCACCAAAAUAGCAAGAAUGUAUCAUUCAUCUGCCAUUCUUUUGCCUAAUGGUAGAGUUCUAAUUGGAGGAAGCAAUACUCAUAAUAGGUAUGCAUUGAGAAAUGUUGCAUACCCAACUGAGCUUAGGCUACAAGCAUUUGUUCCACACUAUAUGGACCGUAAAUACCAUAAGUUUAGGCCUAGUAAUUUCACAGUACAAUAUGGCCAUGGACAUAAUGGAAUAAAGUAUGGGGAAGAGUUCCAUGUUCAAUUUCAUCUGGGACGGAGGCCUAACAAAGAUGUGGAUUUCACUGCUUAUGCACCACCAUUCACGACACACUCUAUGUCGAUGAACCAGAGAAUGCUGAAGCUCAGGAGCAAGAGUAUGGUGAGGGCUAAAAGUGGUUUGGUGAAUGUGGUUUUGGAGGCUCCACCUUCACCUAGAGUAGCACCUCCUGGUUAUUACUUGCUCACAGUUGUGAAUGGAGGAAUUCCUAGCAUUUCUAAGUGGGUUAGGUUUAUAUAUGCUUGAUAUCUUUUUGUUUUCAUCGUUUAGACUCUUUGAAAAGUCUUAAUGGGUUGGGGAAUAAUUUGUGUAAACAAACUACCUGGUUACUCAUACCAGAAAAUAGCCAUCUAUACAUAUAAAGAACCUUUUGUUUCUAGCACAUAAAAUCUCAUGAUCGGUCAGUUUUUUCUUUGUUUCUCUGAUAAUGGUAAAAGAUGAAUGAGGUGGAAAUAAUUGGCUAAUUUUACUUACCCUUUUCAGCAUUAA